GUAAACUUAAGUCCAGUUUCAGGCAUAGACGAUACUACAGGAAGAGAAUUGUUCUAUUGCACUAUCCGUAACAUACCGUCAUGGAUGAGAUCAAAAGACUUACGACGAUACUUCUCGGAUUUUACAGAAAACGAGAAAUUUCAUUGUUUUCACUAUAGACAUCGACCUGAACUGCAUGCGGAAACUGGUAACAAAAAGACCGCAACAUGUUGUUGUGUUGUGAGCUUUGCCUCAUCUGCUUUGAGGAGUGAAUUCAUACGUGAUUAUCAUGGUCGGCACUGGAUGAACAAUGAAGGAAUGGAAAUACCUCGUCGUUGUUUUGUUACUGCUAUAAAACUUGCAAAUGCUUCCGAAGGGACAUCUGAUUCGCUGACGAGAGCUGAUCUUCGGCAGUUGAUUGAACUUCGCCCACCAGCGGUCAUGCCUAAUGGCAACGUUGGUACGCCGACAAGUUACUUCAUGGAGCAGAUUCGUUUGUGUCGUCUACCAGUUUCUCUUAUCCCAAAGUUGGGUUUAAAAACAAAUCGGAGGAAAAGAAAGUACGAGUCUGUGGAAUUCCAUUACUCCUCAGAAGAAGGCGACGAAAGCACAAAAGAAUAUAAUGGUGUUCAUAUCCAAACCUCCCCUUCCGACGAUGAUGACGAUCAGUGCGAAGAAUGGGAAAGACAUGAAGCUCUCCACGAUGAUGUCACAGAGCAAGAUCGAAUCAAACCGCGUAAAUAUGAAGAAGAAAUGGAAGUAACAUGGGAGAAGGGCGGACCAGGACUGGUAUGGUUCACCGAUAAGAAUUACUGGGAUGAAAGGGAGAAAGGAACGGAUUGCGAUUGGGCAUGGGCGGAUGAUUGGGAUGUCGACUACUCAGUUUAUUACGAGGGCAAGUCCGCUGGAUCGAAAGAUGCUCAUGAUGCUGUUGAGAUCAGGGAAGACGAAGCGAAACGGUCGGGCAAGUUGGAAGAAUCUGUUUUCACGAAGAAAUCCAAACCAUCCGGAUCUAAUCGAAAGCGUCGCAAUAGUGAUACAGAUGUGGUGGAUAUCGAACAGUAUAACAAAGGAAUAGGCAGUAAAUUACUCGGAAGAAUGGGAUGGAAACCUGGAUCAGGAUUGGGUCGCUCACAGCAAGGUCGAGUUGAUCCAGUUGCGAUCCAGUUGGAAGAAGAUGGGCAGUCCAGCCUCGAAAAGAAAGGCUUUGGCUAUCAUGGGGAAAAGAUGAUGCGUACUGGAUUCAUGAAACAGCCGAAAGUGCAUGCGAUUGCGUCGAGGUAA